GUGAGCCGCAUUAGGACGUGUAAGCACUGCCCGCCUCUCCCGUGUUGCUUGUAAACGCGCGUCCCGGUGGGAGGACCGGAGGGACUGUACCCGAGAUGCCACCCGAGAGUUUUCCGCGAGCCGAUCCUUGAAGAGACGGCGGCUGGGAGCCUGACCAAGGGAGGAGCUGCGCGGGGAAUGGCAGCGGGCCUGCGCCCGCAUGGUCCACGCAGCCGGAGAAAGCUGCUGUUCGGUGGGAGGGGCCGCGCGGAUUGCGCUCUAGUCGGUCGUCUGGGGCCCUGCGUCAGGGUGGCCGCGGAGUCAGGUCUGAGCACUCACUGCCGAGAACUUGGACUUCUGCGUGGAGUGGUGAGCAGCAGAGCAGCCUCUCUGAGAUUUGGUGUCUGGACGCCGCGGUACAGCAAUGUGAGGAGGAGGGAAGUGAUCUGGGACCGGCAGGGGUCUGAAGUGAGACGUGAAGCCCGCAGGGAGAGCAGAGAGACCUCAGUGCAGAAGGAGAAGCAGGCGGCGCUUGCUCUUGAGCCUGGACUCACUGUGUGGGAAGGGCAGCCUGAACCUGCAGACGCACGGAAGCCGGGCCUCUUGUGCAGCCGGAGCUGAGUGUUUCUGCUGGGCAGCAAGGUGACAUUGGUCUGCAGGCUUGUGUGCAAGCAAGAUGGAGACUGACCUGUCUGGCUUUGACAUCGAUGCCCCCCGUUGGGACCAGGGCACUUUCCUGGGGCGCGUGAAGCACUUCUUUAACAUCACAGACCCCCGCACGGUCUUGGUACCAGAGCGCAGGCUGGACUGGGCCAAGGUGACAGUGGAGAGGAGCAGGGUGGGCGCCGUGCCCCCGGGGACCCAAGUGGAGCAGCUGCUGUAUGCGAAGAAGCUGUAUGACUCGGCCUUCCACCCCGACACCGGGGAGAAGAUGAACGUCAUUGGGCGGAUGUCCUUCCAGGUCCCUGGCGGCAUGAUCAUCACAGGUUUCAUGCUGCACUUCUACAGGACCAUGCCAGCAGUGAUCUUCUGGCAGUGGGUGAACCAGUCCUUCAAUGCCUUGGUCAACUACACCAACAGGAACGCGGCCUCCCCCACGUCGGUCAGGCAGAUGGCCUUCUCCUACCUCACAGCCACCACCACCGCAGUGGCCACUGCUGUGGGCAUGAACAUGUUGACAAAGAGAGCUCCGCCGUUGGUGUGCCGCUGGGUGCCCUUCGCUGCAGUGGCUGCUGCGAACUGUGUCAAUAUCCCGAUGAUGCGACAGCAGGAGCUCAUCCAGGGCAUCUCCGUGAAGGACAAGAACCACAACGAGGUUGGCCAUUCCCAGAGAGCUGCCGCCAUCGGCAUCACCCAAGUGGUUAUUUCCCGGAUCACCAUGGCAGCUCCUGGCAUGACGGGAGGCACCCUGGGGAGUCCCGGCCCCCUCAGCACCGGCCCGGUCUCUUCCAGUCUUGCUGCCGGUCCUCAUGGAGAGGCUGGAGACCCUGCACUUCAUGAAGAAAGCCAAGGUGCUGCAUGCGCCGUUGCAGGUCGCGCUGUCUGGGUGCUUCCUCCUCUUCAUGGUGCCGGUGGCGUGUGGGCUGUUCCCUCAGACAUGGUAUUGCCUGUUUGUCGCCUGCUUUGUUUCAUUGAUCCCACUGCCACCACUUCCCUGAUCCUCAGCAAAGAGAAGGGACCGCAGGGGUGGCACCCUGUAAAUUGCCAGUUUCCUAUCUGGAACCAGAUCUCCAAGCCACUGUCAAGGCCAAGGACGGAGAGCAUGCGCCUUACGUCUACUUUAACAAGGGUCUGUGAACGCCCCACGCCAGCGAGGACCAGCCUGCCCGGAUCCACUUCUUUGCACACCCGUGCCCACAUUCCUCCUUGCCGCCGACGCCUGACCCCCAGGCUGGACUGGGACACGUUGCCUGCCACUUUGACCAAGUAGUUCGUUUGCUGGACUCCUGGGGGGUAAUCAUGGAAAAGGGGAACAAAGACUGGAGUCCUCUCUGCUGCCUCCUCCACGCUCUCCCUGGAGACCAGAAGCUGCUGCCUGUGCAGGGAGAAGUUGCUGGUACCUGUUGGUGGGCGGGGUGGGAGACGUUCAAGCAAUCAUUUGGGAAACUUAGGAAACCUUUAGGACUCUGGUCCAGCCAGGGCUGGGGAAAUGGCCUAGGACAGGAAGGGUGCUGGCCUUCCCUCCUCUUUCCUUCCUGAGCAGGGGAAGCUCUGCCCUGCCGUGCUGGCCUGAAUCACGGGAGGGGAAGGCAGGCUCAUCUUUCUCAGUGCUCUUCCCCGUUGCACCUGGCCAGAGAGCUAUCUUGGGAAUGCUGCUGAAUGGGUUUAUUGAGCACCCAGGAGUUAUUUGUGCUAAAAAGUGAACUGCAGAGAGCAACAAAGUUACAUGGUGCUGCAGGCCCUAUCCAUUCCCCUAACUUCAUCCAGCACUCUGGAAGGCUGAGGCAGGAGGAUCACAAAUUUGAGUCCAACCUGAGUAACUUACUGAGACGAGCUGGAGCUAUAGCAAAGUGCAACUGCCCCGGGUUCAAUCCCUAGUACUGAAAAAAAAAAUCACGCAUAGAGCCAUUUGGUGGAUCUUCUCUAUAAUGAUGGAAACCUACCCCCUCAUUGCUUCAUAUCUGUUUGGAAAAAGAAAUCCCCUCACUGUGAGUGAAAAGGACCUAUGUUAGCAUUAACCACAUGGUCAGUGGGUAUACUCUGGCUCAGUCCACUAGGCUAAGCCCCAAAGAAAGACAGGUGUUUGCUGAGUAGGAGAGGGAAGUUGGAUACCUCUAAGGGGAAACCAACCAGGACCAAAGAGUUAAGAGUGCACAGAACAUGGCAGUCUCUUCCCCUCUGGCUGUGCAGGUGGCUUCUUGGGUGGGGUGGCGGGUAGGACUGCUAUGGUGCGCCUGUGUCAGUGUGUGUGACCUGCCUGGAGAGUCUGCUGGCUGUUCAGAGGCCAUCCCUGAAUUGGAUAAAGAGCUUGAAAGAGCAUGAGAAUCUGCAAACUGAGUAAUAAAGCCUGGGUGGAACACAG